AUGUCGUUAUCUGGUGAUCAGGAGGAUAACAGGAAAAACCAUAUUAAGAGACAGAGCGCUGACAGUCCUCUAACGGUGAUGUCUCCAUCUGUCCGUCCGCAGUCUACAAAAUUGUUCCGUUUGUCGAAAACUCCCUUAGGACCGAAGCUUGCAAAUAUCAAUCAAGUUGAUCCCAAUAUCGAUGCCACUCUUCUGGAGCUGUGUUCUGUCGAGAAAGAAGCAGUGGAUGAACGAUACAUUGCAUCAGAGUGCAAUGACGUUGUAAACGUUACCGAUGUGACAUCAUCGUCGAUGGCUACUGCAUUGAGUCCUGGAAUGUCUGACGAAAUGAAGUCAGCAAUAAAAACAUAUUUAAAAUCCACUCCAAUGUAUCCUGCCAGCUCACUGGAUUCAAAAGCUGAACUGUUGAAUGUUGUUGAAAAUAUUGCGGGAGUUGGGAAGAGUGAAGAUAUCGAAGAGCUGAACAUCAGUAUUUCUACACGCAGUUCUCAAGAAAGAGCUAUAGAGAACAAUGCUAAGGAUAUCUUCAAAGUAGGUCUGUUUGUGCCAGGAUCGGAAUUUUCUGCCGGAACGACUGAGGCCAAUUCUUACUCUGGAAUAGAGAUGAAUGAUUUUGUCGAGGCCUCGUUUACUGAAGUAGCAGGUUCUCCAGUUCUGCCAGUCGAAAAUGCGAAAGCCAUCUCUUCAAUCACACCGAAUUGCCUUGCAGCACAAGUUGGUGAAGGAAUGGCAUCUUCAGAUAAGCCAAAAAAUCUAACGCUGUCGGCAUGCAAAAAUAAAGUUUUUGCAACUAGGAAUUUGAAUUUGGAUAACCUAUCCUCACCGCGAGAGUUGGCGAGUUACGCUGAAGAACGAGCGCAAAAUUAUUCGUUUCUAAUCAAUGAAGCCUACUGUGAAACGUCAGUGUUUUGCGAGAAUUGUUACUCUAUGCGCAUCGAACUAGGACUUUUUUCGGAUAAGUUUGCAGCAUUGACAGCUACUGUUGGAGAUCCGGCUGCAGAAGGGAAUAUAGCUUUUGUUGCCGAAAUGGAAAAUUUAUUGAGAAGAAAACAAGCGGAAAUUGUUACAUUGUCAUCAGAGUUGAGGGAUUUAAACCAGGCAAAUUUGUACGAAACAGAAGAUUUGGUAAAUGAGUUGAAGCAAGCGAAGCCAAAGCAGUCGUUUAAAGGAAACACUUCACACAAUGGAUUUGAUACAUCUUUGAUUGAGGGAUGUCAAAUGGAAGUUCAGAUUGGAAUUAUACGACAGCAGCUCGAUACAGCACAUUCUUUGCAUCAGAAAGCUCAAGAAAGAAUAAAGGAACUUGAAAGUAAUCUACAAAAGGUUGUAGAAGAGAAAAACCAGCUCUCAUUGGAACUUCAAGAGGCUCAAAUCAAUUUGGUAAAUGAGAAAGACGAUCGGAUUUCGUCAAAUGAAAACAAGCAUAUUUCAAUUAUAUCUCUGUUGGAAGCCAAGGUUGCAGAACUUGGCAAUAAAAUUGACGAGGCCUUUCGUGUAAAAGAAGAUGAAACCGUGAAACAAAAAUCAUUUUUGUUUGAAAAACUGGCAUCGCUACUGGAGAAAAUGAGGACUAAUGUAAAAAGCAACGUAUUCGCUAGCGAAUGGGAAGCAGACGAUAUAGAAAUUUCUGUUAUCUAUUUUGAAAGAGCUGUAAACAUUAUUUGUCAAGAUAAUCCUCAAUUUGAAAUAUUGGUCGGAACAGUAGCUCAGCAUGGAAAAUUGGCUAGAAAUAAGUACAAGCAGUUAGAAACGAUGAUGGAAGAGGUGGUAGAGGAGAAAAAGAAGUGGGAAAUGUUAUUCACGAAUGAGAAAUCGAGGCUUGAUAGUUUGCAAGAUGUGAUGUUGGCUCAGUUUUGUGAGAACAAGAAUUAUUUCUCAAAUUUAUUGCAGGAUUUCCAAAACAAGUGGGCAGAUAUGCUGCAUUCUGUGACACAGCUUCCCAGAACGGAAUCUGAGGAAAAUCGAAAUUGUGCCGUGCUGGAAAUAUUACAUCAUAUAGAAAAUCUUCAGGAAAAGUUGAAUGAAAAAUGGUCGAAGGAUUCGAAUGAGCUGCAGAGAUGCAUUGCUUGCCUGAAAGAACAGCAUUUGAUUGUAACCUCAUUCCAAGCAGAAUUGCAAGAAAUGCGUAAUAGAAUUGAAAUGCUGCAUGAGACUGUACAAAAAGACUUCAAAAAUUCAAGUGCAUUGCUGUGUAGCUUGCAAGGUCGAGAAGUUAAACAGGAUUUAAAAAGGAUGGUUGAACACUUGCAAAAAGUUGAAGAAGAUAUAAAACCUCAAAACACAGUUUUUUGUAAGAAUUUGGAUUUCGGACUUAAAAAUUUUGGUCCAGUAAUUCAUGUUACUGAAAAUUUGACAAGGGAAAAAGAUAACUUGGAAAACGAAAAUGUAACCCUCAAGAAUACGAUUUCUAAAUUGGAAAGAGAAAACAGAGAUUUAAAACAGAUGGAAGAAAUGUACACUCUACAAGAUAAAAAAACUGAGGAGCUGGAACAUAGAUUAAACCUUCUCCAAAAGGAAAAUGAACGAUUAGGAAAAGCUUGCGAUGAUGCGGAUGAAGAAGUCAGCGACCUUAAAGAACAGAUAUUUGAAUUGUUGCGUGUUAAUGCCAAACUUCAAGCUGAAAUGCAUGGCGAAAGUGAAGAUACUGUAAAUCGAAGAAUGGGCUAUAUUGAACCACCUGCAAUUCUACCUAGAAGUCAUCUUUCAAUUCAAAGGACUACAUCAGGAAUGAAUUCGCCAAACGUGAAAGUAGUGGAUGUAACGGAAAGUCCUCUGGAAUGGAAAGCAGAAGUAGAAAAAAGAAAGGAGAUGCAGCGAUUAGCAAAGAAAGAUGUGCUAGCAGAAGCUGCAAAAGCUUUAACCAAGAGGAUACCUUCUGAAGAAUCACCGAAAUCGAAGGCAAUCCAAAACCAAUCGUGCCGCACCUCAUGA